GUCACUCCGUGCACCGCAGAUAACGGUGACGUUCUACACACGUCUGCCCCGUCACUAUGGCUGCAAGAGACGCGAGAUGGUGAAAGCUUGCUUUAAUACAAUUAGUACAUCCUUAAUACCUCAUAUCUGCCGUUCUUUUGUCUAAUAGCAGAAACGGCGUAUGUCAUUUUCAUAUUUGGAGCCAUUUAGUUCAGUAUUUGCUCUGAAACGAAGAGGAUUAACAGGAGAACCCAUCAGCUGCUUUCAUUCAUGAAACGACAUCUCUAGUUUAUAAAGUAAACAAGCGGCGCUCUUCCAAAAAAAAAAAUGGCGAAAAUGUACCACAAAGAGAAAAGCAUUCAGAUAAAGAGCAGCGCGUCGGCGCUCUACAACAACCUGAGCGUCCUGCGCAUCGCGCCGCGAUGUCUCACCUAUUUCACGGUGGUCCACGCCAACGUGGUGAACAUGGUCAGCGCCUCCUGGGACGGGCUGAACUAUUCCCACCGACAGCUGCAGUCUAAAGAGGGCAACGUGGCCACCAGCUCCUCACUUAUCAUGCAGGCAGCCUGGUGUGUCCUGCCCUCAAGAGAUCUUCUUGUUCUCACCUCACAGAAAGGGAUCCAGAUGUAUGAAUCAGAUGGAUCAAUUAUGGUCUAUUGGCAUGCACUGGACACGCCAGAGACCCCUACUGCGAAGGCAGUGUUUGCUCGAGGAAUUGCGGCAGUGCGGGAAAAAUAUAUUUGUGUAGGGGUCUCAUCUGGCUCAGUGCUGGUCUUUGACGUUCCCAGUAAAGGCAGUAACAUCACCCUGUCUGAGGUUUUGGAGGAACAUAAAGAAGCAAUCACAGACAUUGCCUCUGAGUGCUCAGGCAGUCUGGAGUGCAUUGCAGAUUUAGUUAGUGCUGAUGACUGUGGCCUCCUCUGUGUGUGGAAAUCAGGAGAAGAUUUUCAACUGCUCAACAAGAUCCCUGGUUUUGACACAAGUUGUUCUUCAGUAAAACUCUGGAAGGGUACAGUCAUCGCAGGCUAUGGGACGGGACAGAUCCGUCUGUAUGAGGGAGUCACGGGUAUACUGCAUGCAGAGGUCAAUGCCCAUGCACGCUGGAUCUACUCACUGGACAUCGCCCCGUUCACUGGACUGCUGAUCUCUGCAGCAGAAGACUCCUGGGUUAGAGUGUGGCAUCUGAGCUUGACUCCAGAGACUAAUAGUGUAGAGAUUGAGCACAUGUACAAUGAGUGUGUGACUGAUACACAGAUCUGUGGAGCCAAGUUCUGUGACGGGGACGGCUACGCCUUUGCAGUGACCGGCUAUGACUUGAGUGAGAUCAUCCGCUACACACAAGCCUAGUCAGGAAUACAGCAUGCACUUCUAAGACAUUCCCAUUGGUCAUAUGAGGAUCACCUGCAGAAGGAAGGUCAUGUCUCGACAGUAUAUUGGUGAAUGUAAUGCUGUACAGUCAUGAUUGGCAGGGUCAGGCUGGAGUGAAUGUUACCCUAAAAUCUUCUUCUAACAUCUUGGGCACUAAAAAGCCACACUUGAACCAGGUGACUGUAUUUAGUAUGGUAUGUCUACAUGAUUGGCAAAAUACUCUUUUGUGGUCUGAUAUUAAGGUAAAAUACAUAACAUUGGUUACACAGAAUAUGUAGAUUUCAAAACAAACCAUUAAAAUGUUAGAAGGGGUUGUUCUUUGAGUGUUUUGCUUCUCACAUGAUUUGUUUAGUAAAUGUAUUUCCUGAACAAUAUCUUUUACCUCAUUGAACAAUUUUGGAUGUGCAAUUGAAUCAGAUGGCAUGUAAUCAUAUUUGUGGUUCAGAAAACAAAACAUAUCAAAAUAGUUUGUAAAAUAUUUAUUCAUUAUAAAUAUUAUGAAUUUUUAAAUACAGCAGAGGCUAUUUUUUCCAAGUUGAAUUAUAAUGUUCUUUAUAUUUGUCUAGAAACAAAAGCAUUGUAUCUAGCUUGAUGUUAAAUCACAUAUUUUAUAUUUUGUGUUGUCAUAGUUUUUGAUAUUUUCUGUUUCUUUGUAAACAAUUGUCAGUGACAAUUCGGCAAACUAUUAAAAAAGCUAAAAAAACAAAAAAACAAACAAAAAAAUAAAAUAAAAACUCAUUUACUUUGACUUUUAUUGCAAUUAGAAAUGUGUACCAGUAGAUGGCAAUAGAUCUUAUAUCUUUUUUAACAUUUCUGUCUUUUGAGGUCAGAAUUAGCUUUUUCAAUUUAAGCACACAUGCAUUCAAUUGCAUUGAUUUAUAUAAAAACAUCUAUGAAGCAUAUCACAGAACAUAUUAGAACAUAUCCAGCACUCAUUUCUAUUCAAAAUGUAACAAAUAUCAAACAUAAACUGAGGAUGUCUAAAUUGCCUAAAAUGACCAGGCUUGACAAUUCUUUGUAGAUCUUGGAGGCAAGCUACAUUAGCUUCAGCAUGGAUGAAAACAAAGUCAAAACCCAGACAUUUUAGGCAAUUUAGAAAUUCCUACCAGGACACUAUUAGGAAAAAGAGGAUGUAUGGUCAGUGUGCAGUGGGUUUUAAUGAUUCUCAGGGUUAUUAAGUAAUAUUAGCAAAUCAUUUGGAGUACUUCUUUUAAGAGUAAAUUUGUAAAUAAGCGGCAUUUUUGUCCAUAACUGUAGUAAUAUAUUCAUCACCAUUAACUUUUGUCCCUUUGUGCCUCUCUGUUAAGCUAUUAAAGAAGACUUUGAUUGUCAGAUGUGUCCUUCAUGCACCUGCCAUGAGGCCCUGAUGAGUCCUUGUCCUUGAUUUAUGCCCUGUUUUCACACUGUAAAGUUUUGUUGUCAUUACAUCUUUCAUCUAUGCAGGUUCCUGUUUUUAUAGGUCAAAGCAGAACACCAGAGGAAUGCAGAUUAUCACAUCAAGCUGUUUUAUCAGUUACCCACUAAAAUAUCUGCAAUGCUCAUUUGACUGUAUUUUCCCCAUAAUAUUUAUGUCCAUAAUUCUGUUGUUCCCUCAUAGUAUUAUCCACACAUGACUUCACGUUCCAGCUUGUUGUUGAUAGAACCCCAUGGUCUCUUAUGUAAGGCUUUUAACUUUGUCCUAUGAAUGACACUGUGUGUGCCCUAUAUCUGUUAUGAAGAGAGGGUGAAUAUCAAUGACACAGAGGGACAGACCUAAUGGGUAGAGAAUAGAUUGCUGACCGUCAAAUUUGAUGGUGGACAGAAAGGGAGGGAGUCCAGAGAGUGUCGAUGAGACCUCCACUGGCUGUUGGUUUAAUGGAAUUAUGUAACGCUGCCAUGCAGCACUGGAGCAGAGCGAGAUGUGUUUAAGGUCAUUGUGUUUAGUGGUAUCUGUGGUAAUAAAAACUAUGGCUGGUCUACAGGCCAUGUAAAAUUCAAUAGUGCUCUGCAGACACAUCACAUCAAAUCUGUGGGCUCCAGGGAUGGGGUACCGUCAGUCCAGUCGCCGUGGCACAAUGCAAUUCCAGAGGACACAAAUGAC